UGAGAAACCAUCCGGUCAGCUGAUUGCUGAUUAUUUUAAAAAGUGGAGGAACCAGCACAACUCUGCUGACUCUUGUCUCUGGACACCACCAAGUCAACAGCAGUGGGAGAUCCAAUUUGAACUGUUGUGAGAAAAUGGAUGAUUUGGUUUAUGAAUAUUAUGGCAACUACAGCUACGAGGAAAGCCUUGUCCCCCACGAGGAGGCUGUUUUUCAGCACAAAUCCACAUGUACUGGCGACGUCCUUUGCGUGUCUCUGCUGGUGAUCACUGGGCUUAUUUUUGUGCUGGGCUUUUGCGGAAAUGCUGUGGUCAUCUGGAUCUCUGGCUUCAAGAUGAAAAAAACAGUCAACACAACAUGGUACCUGAGCCUGGCCAUCUCCGACUUUGUCUUCUGUACCUUUCUGCCCUUCAUCAUCACCAACAUGGCAAUGGAGAGAUGGAUCUUUGGACUCUUCCUGUGCAAGUUUGCUUCAUCCGUGUUGUUUCUCAACAUGUUCAGCAGCAUAUUCCUCCUGGUCAUCAUCAGUGCCGACCGCUGUGUGUCUGUUGUAUUUCCUGUCUGGGCUCAGAAUCACCGCACGGUACGAAAGGCAUCUGUUGUUGUGAUCCUGGCAUGGAUUCUCGCCAUAGCGCUGAGCCUUCCCUCUGCGGUCUUCCGUGACGUUCAAAAUCUAAUGGGUCGAAGCGUUUGCUACAACAACUACACAUUACAUCAACACAGUCACAGGAUUAUCGUAGGGAGCCGCUUCCUGGUUGGCUUUGUAGUGCCUUUUGUCGUCAUCAGUAUCUGCUACUUGGUGAUCAUUUUCAAACUCCGCACAAACAGAAUGACCAAAUCCUCCAAACCCUUCAAAGUCAUGACAGCGCUCAUUGCCACUUUCUUCAUCUGCUGGCUGCCCUACCAUGUCUUUAUCCUCCUGGAGCUAAACCACCAAAGCUACAACCAUAGCAUCCUAACUACUGGACUACAAGUGGGAACAUGCCUGGCAGCGGCUAACAGUUUCCUCAACCCGGUGCUCUAUGUGUUCAUGGGCAAUGACUUCCAGCAGAGGUUUAAGACCUCCUUGCUUUCAAAGAUGGAGAACGCCAUGGGAGAUGAAGGUCGCACCACCAGCCGGUAUUUGUCCAGGUCCAGCUCUGUAGACGUAGGCAGGGCAUCAACACACAUCUAAAAAUCUCUCUCUCUCACACCAGUUUUUUUGGUCCAGAACUGACAUGAAGGUAAUUUGCACAGCAUCACUAUAUGGAAAGUAAGCUGCAGGCAAUUUCAUCUUAAACGUGUGUGCAAGCCUGGAACCUGAUGUAAACUUCAUGCUGUAUUUCAUCGGGGGAUGACCUCAGCAAAGGCCUCCACACUUCAGGCGUGUGACAAAUAAAUAAUGAAAAUGCAAAUUACUCGCAUAUUUCACAUCCAAAACAAUUCACACUGGCGGCAAUGGCAGUCAUGAGCACAUAUUCCGCAUAGUUGCGUGAGCCAAUAAAAAAUUCAUCAUUCCUGAAAACCAAAAAAAUAUGUCACGUUCAUGUUCAGUGUGAAAAUGUAAAAAAAAAAACAAGUGUGUGAGUUCAUCACAUGAUGGCCAGCAUCUAAAUAACACAAGAGACAAUGUAUAUAAAAGGGAUUUUGUAUAUAUUUUUGAUUGCAAACAUUUAACCCCUAUUUUUAACAAUAUAUGUAUCUCCUAUAUGUGUACAUGCACUCAUUUAUCACAUUCAUUUGUAACCACUGACCCACAGAGAUAAACACAUUACUAUGCAAUUUGAGAUAAUUCCAGCAUAAUAGCAAGUCUUUGCUUAAGGGAAGAGAUACAAAAAAAAGGAUUCUGAUUAUUUUUUCCAUUUUCAAAUCAAAACUGAACCUCCAGCCGCCCUAACAUCAAUCUGUAAUUGUGUUUGUUUGGCAGUGUUUAUUUACUGGUUAGUGGUUAAAUGUGAUGGAUAAAUGGGUAGAUGUAUUUUCUGAGACAGGGUACACUUAGUUGUCACAUGAAGGCCUCGCUUAAUGACAAUGGGAAAUGAACAUCUUCAUUCAGUCCACUGCUCUACACGCUAUAAUUGCUUUUGGACAGGAGAUUAUUAUAUGAUGAAUAGAUCCCUUUGAACAAUACCGUUCAUCCAUCACGCUGUAGUUGAAAUACAACACGUCCAGCUGUUCUAACCAGUCAGCAAGCAGCUUGUUGAAUGGACACAUUCCUUUGUCAUUUUCACAAAUUAAAGCUGUACACUAUCAUUCAUGCAUUUUAUUAUUCUAUUUAAUUUUUGCCUUUUUAAAUCUCCAUUUUCAAAAAUAAAAAUGUAACUAAGGAAAACAGCUCGUGUGUGUUCCUAUUUCUCAAAAUUAAGGUACCAUAAGUGGUUCAGUCACAAAGAUAGAUGAAGCAAUUAAGUCUUAUCAGUAAAUAUUUGCUGCGUGAAAUGAAAAGCACCGGUGACAUUAAAUGUCAUUAUUAUUUCAUUGUGACCUGUAUUUUGUCCAAAUACACUGUCGAGGACUUUGUAGUCACCUCGGCUACUACCAAUUUGAGUUGCGAUUGCUCAUAUUUUUUAAUGGAGGCAGCAUGUUUUGGGGUCAAAAGAAUACACCGCCAUUGCAGACAAGAUGAAUGAGACUACUUUGCUCUUUUGACCUAGGGAAUGAGUUUUGUAGUUACCUAUUUCCCGCAAGCAGGGACAAUUUUGGACAAUUAUAUGAAAAGAGCAAGAGAACCUGUUUUUUUUUUGAUGUCGUAAUAGAGAAGGUCUGCAUUGCACGGUUACAUCACGGAGCCAGAAUAGAGGCUACAAUCAUCUCUUACAAUAUCCUGACAAGUAGAGCACGAGUGGUGUGAAGUGAUUCUGCCAGAAAAUGACAUGGGGAUAGUCGUUCUUUGCAGUUCAAGUCCAAAACGUAGCUUUUUUUUAUAGGCUAUACUGUAUACAGGUAGGGUAUAUAAUACUGUAAUAAUGUAUGAACCUUACUCUAUGGUUGCGAACAUUUAUUAUUCAUUCAUUUUCUAACGCUUAUCCUCACGAGAGUUGCAGAGCCUAUCCCAGGUCCCGGGUACACCCUGGGCUGGUCGCCAGCCAAUCACAGGGCACAUAUAGACAACCAUUCACACCAAUCUAAUUAUCAGACCUAGGACACGCUGGAGGGUUUAUGUCUCACAGCUGGCCUGGGAACGCCUAUUGGCGAACUGGAACCGGGGACGGGAAAGUCUGGGCUUCCUUACUGUGAUUGUUGCCCCUGCAACCCGGAUCUGGAUAAGCGGAGUAAGAUUGAUGGAUGCAUAAUUAUCUCAUUCCAACAACAAACAACAGCUCAUUGGAACAGGCAGGUUA